UUGAGGAGACAUUUUUUUAUUUUACCUCUAAUACAGCACACGGAUAACUCACACCCAGUUUAAUUCUGUGUAUGUGUUAGAGAGAAGAAGGGAGGAGGGCCCUUGAAAGACAGCGUGGCUGCAGUGCUGCAGCAAGACAACUUGUCCAGUCGACCAGCAGUUCAGCUGCUCAUAACAUCCUCAGCUUGAGCUCUACUGACUGGACAUUUUGGACACGUUCUGUAACUGUACGCCGUACAACCGAGGAUUUAUAGCUAGUCGGUGUGGAGUAACGGUUUGCUGGCAAAGAGGCUGACAGGCGACAGAUAACAGCCUGCUUUGGGGAGUGUUGAGGACUGUUGGAUAGAUGGGAGGCUAGCCAGGGUCAGACCAGCAUCUUCAAACACUUCGCCAACUCAACAGGAUGGAUCGAAACAUGAAGGGUCGAACUGUCCCAUCGUCAAAAUAGGAGGGCGUGUCUCUUAGGUUGUGCUCUGCAGUUUAACUCUGUGACCGAGCUGGGAGACAGAGUGGAACAUGCCUCCCAGGCCGUCCUCAGGGGAGCUAUGGGGCAUCCACCUGAUGCCUCCCAGGAUCCUGGUGGACUGCUUGCUGCCCAAUGGGAUGAUUCUGACCCUGGAGUGUCUCCGUGAGGCCACGCUCAUCACCAUCAAACAUGAGCUGUUCAAGGAGGCCAGGAAAUAUCCCCUCCAUCACCUCCUACAGGAGGAGACGUCCUACAUCUUUGUCAGUGUUACACAGGAAGCAGAGCGGGAGGAGUUCUAUGACGAGACCCGAAGGCUAUGUGACCUCCGACUCUUCCAGCCCUUCCUUAAGGUCAUUGAACCAGUUGGCAACAGAGAGGAAAAGAUCCUCAAUAGAGAGAUUGGGUUUGCCAUUGGUAUGCCUGUGUGUGAGUUUGAUCUUGUGAAGGACCCUGAGGUUCAGGACUUCAGGAGAAACAUCCUGAAUGUUUGCAAAGACUCUGUGGAGCUGAGAGACGCCAGCGGGCCCCACAGUAGAGCUAUCUAUGUUUACCCACCGAAUGUAGAAUCCACACAGGAACUUCCCAAACACAUCUAUAACAAACUGGACAAAGGUCAGAUUAUUGUCGUGAUUUGGGUGAUUGUUUCUCCUAACAACGACAAACAAAAGUAUACAUUGAAGAUCAACCACGACUGUGUGCCUGAACAGGUGAUUGCAGAGGCCAUUCGUAAGAAGACACGCAGCAUGCUGCUUUCCCCAGAGCAGCUAAAGAUGUGUGUUCAGGAAUAUCAGGGUAAAUACAUCCUCAAAGUAUGUGGCUGUGAUGAGUACCUGCUGGAAAAGUACCCCAUCAGCCAGUAUAAGUAUAUCCGUAGUUGCAUCAUGCUGGGCAGGCUGCCUAACCUGAUGUUAAUGGCUAAGGACAGCCUAUACACUCAGUUGCCUACAGAUAACUUUGUCAUGCCAUCAUACUCUCGACGUAUCUCUACGGCAACAUCCUAUAUGAAUGGCGAGGCAGCUGCCAAGUCACUGUGGACCAUCAACGGAACCCUGCGAAUACGAAUCCUGUGUGCCACCUAUGUUAACGUCAAUAUACGGGACAUAGACAAGAUAUAUGUGAGAACAGGCAUUUACCAUGGAGGUGAACAGAUGUGUGACAAUGUCAACACACAGAGAGUACCCUGCUCUAACCCCAGGUGGAAUGAGUGGCUCACCUAUGAUAUGUACAUCCCAGACAUACCCCGUGCCGCCAGACUCUGCCUCUCCAUCUGCUCUGUCAAGGGCAGGAAGGGAGCCAAGGAGGAACACUGUCCACUAGCUUGGGGUAAUAUCAACUUGUUUGACUACACACACACUCUGGUGGCCAACAAAAUGGCUCUGAACCUCUGGCCUGUCCCUCACGGCCUUGAAGACCUCCUCAACCCCAUAGGAGUCACUGGAUCCAACCCUAAUAAGGAAACCCCAUGUCUGGAGCUGGAGUUUGACCACUUUAGUAGCUCUGUCAAAUACCCAGAUAUGAAUGCAAUAGAGGAGCAUGCAAACUGGACCAUCUCGAGGGAACUGGGGUUUAACUACAACCUCUCUGGACAGAGCAACCGGUCGGCCAGAGAUCACGCCCUGACAGAGAACGACACUGAGCAGAUGAGACAGCUGAGUAACAGAGACCCUCUUUCAGAAAUCACUGAGCAGGAGAAAGACUUCCUCUGGAGACACAGGCACUACUGCAUGAACAUCCCUGAGAUCCUUCCCAAGAUCCUUCUCGCUGUCAAAUGGAACUCCAGAGAUGAAGUAGCACAGAUGUAUUGUCUGUUAAAGGAUUGGCCGUCAACUCGUCCUGAGCAGGCCAUGGAGCUGUUGGACUGUAACUAUCCAGAUCCCAUGGUCAGGCACUUUGCUGUACGCUGCCUUGACAAAUACCUUACUGAUGACAAACUGUCCCAAUACCUUAUCCAGCUCGUACAGGUAUUAAAAUAUGAGCAGUAUCUUGACAAUCCCCUGGCCCGUUUCCUCCUCAAAAAGGCCCUGACUAAUCAAAGGAUAGGUCAUUUCUUCUUCUGGCAUCUCAAGUCAGAAAUGCACAAUAAAACAGUGAGCCAGAGGUUUGGGCUUCUGUUAGAGGCUUACUGCCGGGCAUGUGGCAUGUACCUCAAACACCUGAGCAGGCAGGUAGAGGCCAUGGAGAAGCUGAUUAACCUCACUGACAUCCUAAAACAGGAGAAGAAGGAUGAGACACAGAAGGUCCAGAUGCGAUUUCUUGUGGACCAGAUGAAGAGACCGGACUACAUGGAUGCUCUGCAGAACUACACCUCUCCUCUCAACCCUGCACAUCAGUUGGGAAACCUUAGGUUAGAUGAAUGCAGGAUCAUGUCAUCAGCAAAGAGGCCGCUGUGGCUCAACUGGGAGAAUCCUGAUAUCAUGUCGGAGCUGCUCUUUCAGAACAAUGAGAUCAUCUUUAAAAAUGGAGAUGAUUUGCGGCAGGAUAUGCUGACAUUGCAGAUUAUUAAAAUCAUGGAGAAUAUUUGGCAGAAUCAGGGACUGGACCUACGGAUGCUUCCUUAUGGCUGUUUGUCACUAGGAGACUGCGUGGGUCUCAUUGAGGUGGUUCGCAGCUCCCACACCAUCAUGCAGAUUCAGUGUAAAGGAGGCUUGAAAGGAGCCCUGCAGUUCAACUCAAACACUCUGCAUCAGUGGCUCAGAGACAAGAACAAGGGCGAGAUGUAUGACAUGGCUGUGGAUCUGUUCACACGGUCCUGUGCUGGCUACUGUGUAGCUACAUUUAUCCUUGGGAUAGGAGACAGACACAACAGCAACAUUAUGGUCAAAGAUGAUGGACAGUUGUUUCAUAUAGAUUUUGGCCAUUUCCUGGAUCAUAAGAAGAAGAAAUUUGGCUACAAGAGAGAGCGAGUGCCCUUUGUACUGACACAAGACUUCCUCAUCGUCAUCAGCAAGGGAUCCCAGGAGUGCGCAAAGACCAAAGAGUUUGAGAGGUUCCAGGAGAUGUGUUAUAAAGCCUACCUGGCCAUCCGGCAGCAUGCUAACCUCUUUAUCAACCUGUUCUCCAUGAUGCUGGGCUCUGGCAUGCCUGAGCUGCAGUCAUUUGAUGACAUUGCCUACAUUAGGAAGACGCUGGCCCUGGAGAAAAGCGAACAGGAGGCGUUGGACUACUUUAUGAAACAGAUGAAUGAUGCUCACCAUGGAGGAUGGACCACCAAGAUGGACUGGAUAUUCCACACGAUUAGACAGCAUGCACUAAACUGAUCUCCUGCACACAAACAAAAAAACACCAGUCCCAUCAUGGAUUUACAGCCGACGGAUGAUGGAAGUUUGCAGCUUGAUUUUAAUUUUAUUUUCUUUAAAACCAGUGCCAUUUUUAUUUAUCUAAACAAGGUUCCUGUUUUUUUUGCAUUUUCUUGCCAUAAUCAUCUGCCCUUUUCCGUAGUCUUGAUUUCCUAACUCUACCCUCUACUUGUUCUGUUAUCUACAAAAGAGCGUUGUCCUUACGUCCUGGUGAAGAUGUGCCCUACCUGGCCGAUGCUCGUCUCCUUGGCUACUAUGCUCUGAUGAUCUGUUAAUUUCCCCAACGGGAACAAACUAGGUAAUGAGAGAAGUUGUACCUCUUACCUUGCUGCUCUUGUUGGCAAAACACAAAUUGGACAAAACAACGUAAAGAAGACGUAUCUGCCAAUCUUUAAAAGUAGCCACAAAGUAAGUUCAACUUGCUGCUCUUCUGCUGUAUUACUUCUGUACUGUGGCUCCACCCCAGGAAGGAGGUGCUUUGGAACCUUUUAAAAAAGAAAUCGUAGCACUUGCUGAGAAGAUAGCAGGCACAAGGAACUGUCUGAAUUAUCUUACGUAAUAAGUGUUAUUCAAAUGUGUUGCACAGUGCAGGAUUCCUGGAGUAUGGGGGCUUCUAUGAUGAAUACCACUGCACAGUCUUCCACCAUAUUUAUGGUGGAGUUGCCCUCUUGAGCUGAUUUGGUGUCAGCUUUCCCAUCUUUUAACCCUUUGCGAGUUAAUUUGAAAAGCUUGAAAACUACAGAAGAAUCUCUGGGCUGUUUUGCACAGCUCUACAGUCUCCAACGGUCUCUAUUAUAAAGCACUCCACCCUUGGGAAUAUUUGUUGGUGGUGCAGCUUUAGACUUUUGCAUAAACUUCAGGGUGAUGAUGCCUCUCCAUCAAAAAAAAAAAGCACUUAGAAAUACCGGAAUAAUAUACAGAUUUAUUAUGACUUUUGGAAUUUAUUUAUGUAUCUAGUUUCUUUCAGUUUCGACACAGGCAAAGCUCAGCUCUCCAGAAACACAUAAUUGUUUGUGUAAAUACAUUUAGAGGUUUUUGUAUUUGUGUUCACCUUUUUGCUUUCUUCAUCGGACUACCAUGAGUGCAACAGCUUUCCCCUUUUUUCCCAAGGGUUUUGCUCAUGAUGCUCAUGAUGCCUUUUUUUUCCUCUCCAUCGCUUAUAAGUUAAAUAUCUCAUUUGAAAUUGUCAGGAGCACCCAAUUUGUGUUAUAGUGGCUAGUUUGCAACCCUACUUGGAAUUUGUAAAAAUGUACUUGUUUGGGGAUGCAAAUUGGUAAAAAUGAAAGUGCCAAUCUCACAUUUUAUGAAUAAUGGGACCUAUUUUAAGCCUCUUUGUUGGCAAGCAGAAGCCCAGGGGAAUGUCACAUCUUCCUGUUGAUAAAAUGCCUUGGCGUCACAGCACAACACUCCACAACACUGCACACUGCUCAGCCAUACAAACUGCCUAAACAAGUUGUUGUAAACCAACCUUGACAGCACUAUUAACACGAAAAGCUAGAUUUGACUUUUAUUUCCAACAAUGUGAGGUUGUUGGUCUUUGGCAUAUCAUUAGAGUAUUAGAAUAUAUUUGCCGACUCAUGGACAAAGUGCAUUUUAUGGUGGAUAUAACACCUUUCACUGAGCCUAUACCUCUGUCAGUAUUUGAGCCAAGCUCUCUGUUGCCAUGCACUGUUCAUUUUUUGAGAUUUUCGCCGACAGAAACAUUUGAGCAUGCAGUUUUUUCAACCUUUAAAAGUCACAGUGAAAUGGCAGUUAAAGCAUCUUUAGUGAAACAGUGCAUGUGGGCGAGAUUUAGUUGCGAGAGGAAUUUGAACAAAUCUUUGAUUAGAUCGUUCAAAAUAAGUUAAGGCUUUGCGAAUAGAGUAAUACACCGCUGUAGAGGACUCUCCAACCACACCUCCCUCUCCUGUUGGGUCAGGAGACAGAGGAUGAGGGCAAAACUAAUAAAGAAAAAAAGAGUCUUCAGCCGUAUUCUUUGGAAAUGUAAACAAAGAUUUUCGGCAACUGAUAUCCAAACACACGCCUCCGUAUACGGCAUUUUCUCACUUUGCUAGCUACUAUGAGCCACUAGCCAACAGUUAAGUGCAGUUUUAUAGCUAAUCGUCUCACAUUUCAUUGGAUUAAUAUGCCUGUGAGUUUCAGAUGAGUCAUCGGAAAUGUGUUAAUAUGUUACGGAAAGAGAAAAGGAAAUAUAAAAUACUUUAAAUCAACCAUCAUUUAAUUGAACACAUAACAAUUAACACGGGUGCAGGAUUACAGCUUGAUAAAUGCAUUUUUGUUUCGUUCGUGUCUUUAAAGCAGACCAUUGCCGCCUUGAAUAUUGAAAUAGGUAACUUUCUCAAAAAGUAUUGUUACAAAAGGUGUUUUUUGAGUGGCAGAAAACUCAACGUCUUUGUCCGUUGAAUUGGAACUUCUCGUACAGUGUGCUUUGUUGAAGAGAGAAUGUAUUAAUUAAAGAUGGCUCAGAGCAGCCUCAUGAGCCCCCGACACCCUCGUAAUGUACCUGGAUAAACAUUUGGAAGUGCUCAUAACUAGAUUACCAUUUUACUUAGCUACAGUAUGAAACUCAAUCUGCCUGCGGAAAAGAAAGUCAACACUUUGUCAGCUCAACUGUUAAUUGUAUUUAAAAGCUAAAGUGGUGAUCUGUUCUGGCGCACGUCUGUGAUGUCAUAUAUCCUUGCAGCAUUAAUGGCUAGAAUGUAUUUCAUUACAUGGACCUUAUGUGCAAUUUUUAUCAUUACACAUACAGAACAGAGAAACACAAAUUGAACACUCCCCCCACCCUCUGCAGUCUCGAGGAAAACAAAACAAAUAAACAAAAUCACCUUGCAGUCACUCUCCUCUGUUUCUUGUGGCGCUGAGGUCAUUAGGUCUAAUAUUUGUGCUGCUGUGCUUUUCCAUAGGUUGAUAGUCGAUGAC